GUCAAGUAUGAGAUGAGUCAAAAAAAUAUUGCAUGGGCAGGAUUUCCUAUAUGUUCUGAGCUGAGCAGGGGCACUGGCAGCAGACUGUUUGAUGCCUGUAACCCAGUGAUCUGUGCCCUUUUGACCUGGGAUACACCCAGCCACCAUGACAACACUUGGAUCCCGAGCCCUCCUCCUCCUACUGCUUGUUAGUGCCCUCUUACCAUUACUUUACUUCAACAUCUUGGAGCUCAAGCCACGUGUGCAGCAGCAUCAUCCUCAGAGAAACAUCACCAUCCUGCUGUGGCAUUGGCCAUUCGGCCGCUCCUACAGUCUCCACGGGGACAAAUGCCUCACGAUGUACAACAUCAGCCACUGCGUCCUGACUGACAAAACCUCGGCUUUCUCUGCUGCUGACGUGGUUGUGUUCCACCACCAGGAGUUGAGCAGAGGUCUGUCUUCUCUACCCUUGCACCUGCAACGCCCGGCCUCCCAGCGGUGGGUGUGGCUGUCUUUGGAGCCUCCUGUCAACAACGCAAACCUCACGCAGUUCAAUGGCCUCUUCAACUGGACGAUGAGCUACAGGGGGGAUGCCGACAUAUCCAUCCCUUAUGGAGAGACAGUGGUAGGAGGUGAUGAGCGUGCUGUCCAGGUUCCCUCAGCUCGCUCCUGCCUGGUCACCUGGGUGGUCAGCAAAUACCAUCCUCAGCAGACUCGGGCUGCUGUUUACAAAAGUCUAAAGCAGCACAUACCCAUAGAGGUGUACGGUAGGUGGAACAACAAACCUCUGUCAGACAAUGAGCUGUUGUCCAUUAUAUCAAAAUGCCUGUUUUACCUGUCUUUUGAGAACUCAGAGGCAAAGGACUACAUCAGCGAGAAGUUCUGGAGGAACGCUUUACAAACAGGCGCCAUACCAGUGGUUCUUGGCCCCAGCAGGGCCACCUAUGAGGCUGUGGCUCCCCCUCAUUCCUUCAUUCAUGUGGCUGAUUUCAAGCGCACAGCCGAUCUGGCUGCCUACCUGAAGUAUGUGGCUGCAAACAGGCUGGUGUACGAGGAAUAUUUCCAGUGGCAGCGCACCCACAGAAUCAAAACCUGCACUGACUGGAGAGAAAGGCUGUGUCGGAUCUGCGUCAAGUAUCCCACCUUACCCACCAGGAAGGUCUACCACGACCUGGACAGUUGGGUCAACAAAUAAUGAUUUGAUCUUGCCAUGCUUACAGGUGGUUGCCGCAUUUUGAUUGGGGUACCUGAUUUUUGACCUAAGUUACCGCAAGCCAAUGUGAAAUACCAAGAUCAGUCAAGUUCAGCCUAUUGAUAAACUGGAAGAAACAUAAACAAAUCUUCAGUGGUUGGCUGGGUGCCGCGCUUCGUAUGAGAAUGCAGAAGUAGUAACAUGUGUGUAACCAUAAAUACACCAUGAAUAAAUGAGCAUGUAGCAGCUGUUCUAACCACGUGGGAAGUCACUUCUCACAGCAAGCAGCUGAUUACAGAGCAAGGAAUAUGUUUUUUUUUUGUUUAUUAGCCAACUCCUCACCAGUCUGUUAGAACUGAAAAAAGCUACUUGGAUGAAAGGUCUUGAAGGAACAAGUCCGGUGUCGUUAGUUUCAGCUUAGACGAUGAGCUACAGAAAUGCCAUGACCUGGAUGACUAAGAAGAGAUGUAAAGCAAAGUGGUUAUUUUGAAGUAUACUGAACUUAAUGUAGACACAGCCCGCAUUAAAGUACGACACCGAGGUCAGCCACACGUUACAACAAAAUGACUUAAAUGUUUAGAUCAUUAGUCUGGAGAAGAUUUACUGUGAACUGGAAGAACUUGGACUUGGUUGAACUUAACCCUGUAUUGCAUAAGUUAUGACUUGCUGGCAAUGUUUUAAUGUCUUUUCAUUACAUGCUUGUAUAUGGCUGUCUGAAAGAGCACCCGCCCCAUGUUUUGAGGCUACAGUCUUCUCUGCAGGCGGCCCAGUUUGAAUCCUGCACCGGGCGCCCUUUCCUGCAUGUCCCCCCUCCCCUCUCUGCUUCCUGUUUCCUGUCCAUCUCUCCACUUAACUUUCAAUAAAGGUUCAAAUGCCAAAGAAAUAUUCUUAAA